CGAUGACGUCAUUGUAGUCAGCCCCACCACUGACACAGCCGAUGGGACCAAGGCGAAGUCUUGAAGCCUUCGCUGGCUGCUCGCACUUGUAAGCCUCGCCAGUCCACGUCUCUUCGCGGACAAGAUCGUGAAAUGAAGCUGAUCACUGUAGGAGUUUUGGCGGCGCUGUGCGUCGCCACAUUUGCUGUUCAACUGAACGGCCACAACAAGCUUGUCUGUUACUGGAACUCGACCUCUUUCGAACGUCAAGGUCCGGCUAAGUUCCAAGUCGACGAUCUGCGCCCGGCACUCUCACUCUGCACCCAUUUGGUCUACGGGUACGCUGGCAUCAACGCCGAGACCCUCGAAGCCGUGCCUCUUCAUCCUAACAUCGAUACUGGAGCUGGUUACGCUUUUUUGAGAACGGUUCCUCAGCUCAAGAAAACUUUCACUGACCUCAAGGUCUACCUUAGCAUUGGCGGAAACGCUGAUCCCUAUGAACAAACCCACAAGUACCUCCUCGUGACCGAGACGAGCGAGGCCAGAGCCAAGUUCGUCAACUCCGUUGGACGUCUUUUGGCCGAGUACGAAUUCGACGGUGUGGAUCUGGCGUGGCAGUUCCCCGAGGUUAAGGUCAAGAAGAAGCGUGGAUUCUUCGGUAGCAUAGCUCACGGUGUCAAGAAGGUCUUCGGCUACGGCACGUUCAAGGAUGAGAGGCAGCAGGACCACCGAGACGGCUUCACCAUUCUGGUACGAGACAUCAAGAACCUCCUCAGACAGAGGAACAACAAGGACCUCACCAUAACCGUCCUGCCCCACGUGAACUCCUCCAUCUACUACGACGCUCGAGCUCUGAGUCCGAACAUCGAAGCAGUACAUCUUUUCGCCUUCGACCAGAAGACUCCAGACCGCAACCCGAAGGACGCAGACUAUCCUGCCCCGAUUUACGAAAGCUACGGACGCGCUGCUGACGAAAACGUCGACGGUCAAGUGAGGUACUGGCUCGAGCACGGAACUCCAGGCAGCAAAAUCAUCGUCGGAAUUCCAACUUUCGCCCGUACCUGGAAGCUGACAGCUGACAGCCAGAUAUCCGGAGUGCCGCCACUGGACGUGGACGGCCCUGGAGCAGAGGGACCGCACACCUUGACACCUGGUCUCCUGUCUUACCCGGAGGUUUGCACUCGCCUCACGGAGACGACGCUCGGCACGAUUUUGCGCCGGGUUAGCGACCCCUCGAAGAAGUAUGGAAGCUACGCCUACCAGUCUUACAACGAAGCGACCGGCGCCGACGGCAUUUGGGUCGGUUACGAGGAGCCGGACACCGCCGGAACCAAGGCGACCUACGCGAAGGCAAAGGGCCUCGGUGGUGUCGCGAUCGUCGACCUGUCCCUCGACGACUUCAGGGGUGUGUGCACCGGUGACAAGUUCCCAAUUACCCGUGCAGUCAAGUACAAGUUGUAAACCGGAAUUGGGAGCCAGUGAAUGGCACAAGCCUUCGAUUGUCUUGUUUCUCGGUUAUCUUCUUCCAAUUUUUGCCAAAUUUUAAUUUCACUUUUAAUUU